UUGCGUAUAAAAGACGAAGUAACACACACCUCUCCAUUCUACAGUCUGGAAUACGACCAACAAUGUUUCUAGCACUGUGUCUUCUAGCAGUAGGUGCUGCCGUCACUGGCGCCGUGCCGGAUACGGACAUGGUUGAGAUGAGCAAAGCGUCGGUCAAGUUCUCUCAGGACAUCUACAACCAACUGGUCAAGAAGAAUGAAAAGGAUAGAAACCUCAUCUUCUCCCCCUUUAGUGCGCAUGCAUCCCUGUCGAUGCUGUACCUGGGUAUCAAGGGUGAUGCUGCUACAGAGAUGAGAUCAGUCCUACACCUGACGAAAGUCUUACACCCUCACACUACCUACCAGACCAUCAUCAGGGACUAUAACACCGUCCACGAUGUCAAUAUGAACUUGGUCAACGGUGUCUGGGUCAAGCCGAGCGUCCAGCUGAUUCCAGACUACCAGACUGAUGUCAAGAAUUACUACAACGCCCUGGCCGACACCAUGGACAUAACGUCCCCAGCCGGACCGGAAACCCCCAUCAACGACUGGAUCGCCAACACAACCGACGGGCAGAUCAAAGACUUCCUGGCGCCAGAGACCAUCAACGAACACACCAUCCUCAUGCUCAUCAACGCCCUCCUCUUCAACGGCACGUGGGAGACGCCGUUCGACCCGAAGAAAACCAGCAAACAAGCCUUCUUCGUGGACGACGGUUACGGUGUUUUAGCCAGUGUCGACAUGAUGUUCCUCGCUAAACAACUCGAGUCCAAAACAGACAAGUAUCUUGACGUGGACGUGGUUAAACUUCCCUUCCAGAACACCCGGUUCGCGAUGUACUUCGCUGUGCCGCGAUCUCUCACCGGCAUGACCGCUUUCGAAGGCCUGCUACGCAGAGAUGGGAAUAAAUUUAAUAAUCUUUUCACCGAUCUUAAACCCAAGAUGAUCAGUUUCUACAUCCCCAAGUUUACGGUAACUACGCUGGUGGAUCUAGAAUAUCCUCUUAAAGCUAUAGGGUUAAAAAAGGUCUUCUCAAGUAAAGCGGAUUUUUCGGGCAUGACCAAACUCCGCGUUGGGGCGAGUCACAUGCUGCAUAUGGCGAAGAUGGAGGUCAACGAGCAGGGAGCGUUUGCUUCCGGUGGCGCGUCUACUGAGGUAUCCUGGAAGAUGGCGCCAAAAGAUUCCUACCUCGUCAAGGCCAACCACUCCUUUAUGUUUUUCAUUAGGGAUGACGUCACGGGUCAGAUCUUAUUCCGCGGAAAAUUCGCCAAUCCAAUCCAUUCUUAAUGCCCAAAGGUGGUGAUGUGUAACUUGUUUUCAGUAUUAAAAAUACGUUGAAACAAAAUA